AAUUUAUUAUUUUAAAUUAAAUUUUUUAUUUUUAUUAUAUAUUAUUUCAUUUUUUUUUUUCAUCCAAAUAUAUUUUACAACUAUUUAAUUUAUUUAAUAUCAAAUAAUAAUAAUUAUAUAAUAAUAUAAUAAAUAAUAGUAUUUUUUUAAUCCUAUUUGUACUAUUAAAAUUAUAAUAUUAGUUACUGUAUUAACAUAAAAAAAAUUUGGAUAUUUUUUGCAAUUAUAAAAAAAAAAAAAAAAAAGUAACAAACAUAGAAAAGAAAAAAAAUGAGAUUAUAUCUUUUAGCUAUUAUUGGCUGGUUAUAUUUAAUAUCACCUAAAAUAGCAUAUGCAAUUGAUUGUGAAACCCUAGAUGAAGGUUCAUGUAAAAGUAAUUUUCCAGCAUGUCAAUUGUUAUCAGCAAAAAGUUGUUGUGGUAAAAUAAUAAAUUAUUGUGUUUCAAAAGAUAGUAAUAAUUGUUUUGAAAAUAAUGGUGGAACAACAUGUAUGAAGAAUGAAAAUGGUGUAGUUUUUGAAUUUUGGAGUAGUUGUUUACCAAAGAAUAAAUGGCAAUCAAUUCCAAAACCACAACCCAAAGAUUGCAAUGAAUUAGAUUGCCUCAAAGAUAAAAAACGUUGUGUUUAUUCAAAUGUUUCAAAUUAUACUAUGUGUGGUACAAGUGAUGAACUUCAAACCAGUUGUUGCCCAAGAAUUGGUACUUGUGAAAAUCCACCAACUGGUGGUGCUACUGUCGGUGGUGCUACUGUCGGUUCAGCAACCGAAAACGGAUCAUGUAAGAAUGUCCACUGUGGUGAAGGAUUUGUUUGUCAUGAAGUUCAAAACCCUGGUGGUUAUUGGACAGCUGCCUGUGUUGAAGAAAGCCAUACUUCAGGUGGUCAUUCUAGUAGUCAUUCAACCUUUGGUACAACUGGUGUUAGUACCACUGGAGGUAGCACAACAACUGGAGGAACAACUGGCAAUGAUUGCUCAAAUCAUAAUUGCCCACCAAAUCAUCAUUGUGAAAUGCAAAAUGGAAGUCCAGUUUGUAUUCCAGACCACCAUGACUCUUGUGAUGGUGUAAGCUGCCCACCAUACCACCAUUGUGAAAAUGGUAGAUGUGUUCGUGAUGCCCCAAAACCAAGACCAUGUGAUGCCUGUCGUCAAGUUGAUUGUCCAGAUGGAUAUCACUGUUUAAGACAACCAGAUGAAGGAUGGUCAGUUUCACAUAAACAUAAACAUUGGCAAUUACACCCAGUUCACUGCGGAAAUAAUCCAAAUAAAGUUAAAGCCAUUUGUGUUAAAUCUCCAAUCGUAACCUGUGAAAAAGUUCGUUGUCACCCAGGAUUUGAAUGUAAACUCUAUGAACAUGGUCCAGCUUGUGUUAGAAAACAAAAACCAAAAUGCCUCACCUGUGAAGAUAUGCACUGUGAACAAAAUGGUUUAGUUUGUGUUUUAACUCCACAAAAGAAGAGAGAUGAAGAUUGUUGUCCAAUUAUUCCAAUUUGUAUUAAACCAAGUACUAUUGCUGGUUCCACAAUUGCAACCACUACUGGUCCACAUGGUUCCACUAUUGCCUCUUUGGUUUAUGGUCCACGUUUAUCCGGUACUACUACAGGCGGUGCUAUUGAUUCCUCAUCUCUUAGUCAAUCAUCAUCAGCAUCAUCAGAUUCAUCCUCCCAAGCAUCAUCAGCUAGUUCAUCCGUUUCAAGUGAAUCAUCAUCCGUUUCAAGUGAAUCAUCAUCCGUUUCAAGUGAAUCAUCAGUUUCUAGUGAAUCAUCAGUUUCUAGUGAAUCAUCAGAGUCAAGUGAAUCAUCAGAGUCAAAUGCACCAGCUUCUUCUUAAAUAACGAAAAAUAGUAAUAUUAAAAAAUAUAACAAUAUACUCCUUUUUUAAUAAUAAAUUUAAUAAUAUAGAUAAAUAUAUUUAUUAUUACAAUCCCCCAAAAAAAAAAAAACAAAAAAUAAAAAAAUAAAAACUUAAAUUUAAUACAAUAAC